AUGUACCAAUGGCUGUGGGCUCUCGCACUCUCGGCGCUGAUCUAUCUGAUCUUCAAAAUCAACGAGUUUAGAAAGCGUUUCGUCCGAUGGGGCGUGCCUGGUCCAGUGGAGGUGCCGUUCCUCGGGAUCUUCGGCGAGGCCUACUUCACCGGCGAGCACUUCACCUCCGUCCUGACGCGCCUCUACAAUUACGACAAGCGGGCCAAGUACGUGGGCUGCCACUUCUUCACGAAGCCGCACGUGAUUCCGCGUGACCUCGACCUCAUCAAGAGCAUACUCGUGAAGAACUUCGACCACUUCGCCGACCAGGAGUUCACCAUCGAGGAGGCGACGGAUCCGCUCUACGCGAAGAACGUCUUUCACGUCAACGGCGACAAGUGGAAGGAGGCGCGCACCGUGCUGCUGCCGUUCUUCACGUCGAGCCGGAUGCGCUCGAUGCACGGGGCGAUCGAUCGCGUGGCCGAGCGAUUCACCGCGACGUUCAUCGAGCAGUACACCGCCAGGGACGCGAUCGACUCGAGAGACAUUUUCGCUCGAUACAUAUGCGACGUGAUCGCCAGCUGCGCCUUUGGACUGGAGGUGGACAGCUUGAAGAACCCGGCCAAUGAGUUUUACUUCCACGGCACCAACUCCGUGGUGAAUAUCGGACGACUGAGGUUCGCCACUUUUCUCACGCGAAUAUUCCCGAAGCUCGGCAGCUUUUUCAACAUCACGAUGGUGCCCGUCGAGACGAGCGAGUACUUCGUCUCCCUGAUCAAGAGUAUCAUCGAGGCCCGACGCAGAGACAACGCGUCCCGGCCGGACGCGCUCCAGCUGCUCAUCGACGCCCAGGCGAGCGGCAAAAAUUGGGACAUCUACGACAUCGCGGCGCAGGCUUACGUGUUCUUCAUGGGCGGCCUCGACAGCUCGUCGACGCAGAUGUGCUGGCUGGCCCACGAGCUGGCCCUGAAUCCCCGCGUGCAGGCCAAGCUGCAGCGAGAGAUCGACGCCAGACUGCGAGAGAGCAACGGCGAGAUUGGCGUGGAAACGAUCGGCAACAUGCCCUACUUCGACGCGACGUUCUACGAGGCGCUGAGGAUGCAUCCGUUUCCGAUUCUCAUCAGGGAGUGCUCGAAGGAGUUCGAGCUGCCGCCGGCGCUGCCGGGCUCGCGGCCCUUCCUCGUCCGGCCCGAGCACAGCAUCAAGUUUUACGUGCCGGCUUAUCCGAUCAUGCGCGAUCCCGAGCACUUCGAGCGUCCGGACGUCUUCGACCCGGAGCGAUUCGUCGAGAACAAAAUCAAGACGGACGUGACGAAUCUGGGCUUCGGCCUCGGCCCAAGGAUGUGCAUCGGCAAUCGUUUCGCCCUGCAGCAGACCAAGAUCCUCUUCACCCGCAUACUGUCCAGGUGCAGCUUCGUGCCGUCGCCCAAGACCUGCGUGCCGACGGCUUACGACAAGUCCAAUUACAUACCCUCGGCUGCCGGUGGCUUCUGGAUCAAGCUGCAACCGAGAUCUCAAAUUACGUAAUUAUUUUCAUGGAGUGACGAAACUGAAAAUGUAAAUACGUGUC